AUGUCAGCGACGGAAGAACCCAGACGGCAAAAUGCUGUCUUAGCUGAAGAUUGGCAAGGCGAGUAUCUUGGCUCUAGGACCUCAGUUUAUAAUGACAUUUCGAGUGUUCGUGAGCAAGGGCACAGUACUGGAGUCCGCGUUAAGGACGACGGGAGAUUGGAUAUUAGGUUUCGAGAUAACAAACCCUGGCUUGCUUCUCUGAUGAGACAUGUUGAACAACCUCUGGAACCAGCCACAGGAGAGCAGGGGCCCUCAAAUGUUGUUACCAUGGAGCAUGGCAGAUUUCCUUUGAACCUGAACAUCGUGAUACAGGUCGUUGGAUCGCGCGGUGACGUCCAGCCAUUUGUCGCUCUGGGCAAAGAACUUCAGAAACACGGGCAUCGAGUUCGCCUUGCCACACAUUUGUCAUUCCAACAGGAUGUGACCGAUAAAGGACUCGAAUUUUUUAACAUUGGCGGCAAUCCGGAAGAGCUAAUGGCAUUUAUGGUGCAAAACCCUGGUUUGUUACCAGGAAUGCGCACAAUCCGCAGCGGUGCAAUACAGAAACGGCGACGGGAGAUGAAAGCCAUCUUUUCGGGAUGCUGGCGCUCUUGCUAUGAAACGGGAAAUGGGACAGAUCUCCACCAUAUUCCUGAACGGGGGCAGGGCGGCGGUGCUAUCGACUCUUGCACACGGCCAUUCGUCGCCGAUGUUAUUAUUGCAAAUCCACCAGGGUUUGUUCACUUCAGCUGUGCUGAAAAGCUGGGCGUUCCAUUGAAUAUGAUGUUUACGAUGCCUUGGUCCCCGACCCAAUCCUUUCCACACCCGCUGGCAAACGUGCGCUCACAAAAUACUAAGCCAUCUGUGGCGAACUUUGCUUCGUAUGGGAUAGUGGAGGUAAUGAUGUGGGAAGGCCUCGGGGACCUUAUUAACCAGUUUCGCAAGAAAGAAUUGGGUUUAGAUCCAUUGGAUGCCAUCCGAGCACCCAGUAUGAUCCAUCGACUGCAUAUCCCAUAUACAUACCUAUGGUCGCCUUCUCUCCUUCCGAAACCUCGGGACUGGUCCGACAAUAUCGAUGUGUGUGGAUUUCAAUUUCUUUCGGCCCAGUCGAACUAUCAGCCGCCAGAAGACCUUGAUACUUUUCUAAAGGCAGGAAAUCCCCCAAUCUACAUUGGAUUUGGAUCAAUUGUAGUUGAUAACCCCAGCAAAUUGACACAAAUAAUAUUUGAGGCUGUUCGCCGGACGGGUCAGCGCGCAAUUGUUUCAAAAGGAUGGAGCAAUCUCGGCGCUGGAGAAAUUGACAUUCCCGAAAACAUCUUCUUAUUAGGAAAAUGUCCCCAUGAUUGGCUCUUCCGGCGAGUCUCAUGCGUUGUGCACCACGGCGGUGCUGGAACCACGGCUGCUGGUCUCCUUCUUGGUUGCCCAACGGUCAUCGUUCCCUUUUUCGGCGACCAACCAUUUUGGGGUUCCAUUGUUGCUCGAGCCGGCGCUGGCCCACAGCCCAUUCCAUUUAAGGAAUUGACGCCUGAAAGGCUAGCCGCGGGGAUUCAAGAUGCCUUGGGAGAAAGGGCUAAGAACUGUGCUGGGCAAAUAGGGAAGGACAUGCGCGCAGAGGAUGGUGUACAGAAAGCCGUGCAGAGUUUUCACCAGCAUAUGAAUGUUGAGGCUCUAAGAUGCUCCAUAUGCCCCGAUCGGCCGGCGGUGUGGUGGCUCCGACAUUCUCACAUCAAGCUGAGCGCCUUUGCAAUAUCGGUAUUAGUGCACACGGGCCACGUCAAACCGCGAGAUGUAAUGUUAUAUCGAGUCAGAGAAUAUGAUACUAACCGCGACCCGAGAGGUCCUCUUUCAGCCACCGCGGAGGUUCUUUAUGGUAUUAUCACCGAUCUUCUGAUUGGCAUUGCUCGCGUACCGGGCCUGAUAGUCGGUGUCUUUCCGGGAUCUCAUUCCAAGAUAGUUCAACGUGAUUACAGAGGAAGGGAAUGGGCAAUGUCACAUUUUGUAGAGUGCCUGUCAAGCAAAGAGGGCAGGAGAGACUCUCAGGCAGGGACGGGUGUGGCAGCAGCAGCAGCAGCAGACCUUAGUGGUCAUGAUGAAUCUGUCGGACGCCCCGGCACAGACCGAAGGGCAAGUACCAUACCCGCCAAAACGGCGGGAGAUGUGAACCGAUCCCAUUUUGUCGAUAAUAUAGAGAACAUACAAGGACAGCCUGGAAUGGAGGAGGGAGAAAAAAGGCACCAUGGCAACAAAUACGGUCGUGCUAGGCAAGCCUUGUCGGAAACGCGGUACCAGGCUGCCAAAUCGGCAAAAUAUGCACUGCACUAUGUGCUAGUCCUGCCAACUGAUUUUGCCCUCAGUUUGUCAAAAGGGUUUCACAAUGCACCCAAAUUGUACCAUGACGACACAGUUGAACCAGUACCCAAAGUGAUCGGGAUCAAUAGUGGACUCCGAGCGGCUGGCAAGGAAUUAUACCAAGGUAUGUAUAAUGGCGUGUCUGGACUUGUCACGCAGCCUCCCGGGGCCUUCGGCAAUCAGGAGGCAAAGGUUUAG